GAUCAGAAGAACAGAAGAAUUGAUGGAUUUUAAUGCACAAGAUGCUCCACUGUGUGAAUCCACGAGUUACAGGAGUUUUAUGAAAUCACUGAAAGAGUUUAUAAAGAGUGAAAAAGAGCAGUUAUGUUGUCCCGAUGAAGGACCUGAUGAACAGAGAUAUACCAUUUACAGCACAGCUUUCCAUAAGAUAAUCGACUACGCGACGGCUUACAAACCGAUUCUCACAGCCAUCAAGAAAGAAUAUGAUGACUUUAUUGCUUCAGUGAAGUUUGAUCAGCAUCAGGCUCAGCUUGCUCAUGGAAAACUGAAGGCCAUGCUGGCUCAACCCACAUCCUUCAUGUACUAUCAGAGGAGAGCUGAUCAACUGCAGGAGAGGAUUGCAACCAUUCAGCGAAACACUGCUGAUUUACAUUCAGAGAUGAAAAGACUUCAAGAGUCCAAAAAUAAACAAGAAGUUUCCCAACAACAGGAAACAUUACAGCUCCCAGCUCCCGUUGGUCCUAUACCAGGUCUUACUCUAAGUGAGUUGUUAAAUCCAGAAUCCUUGGAUAAACAUAUGGAGCAUUUGGAGGAGAAGAGAAAUGAACUGUUGAGAAAGAAACAGAGCCAGUAUGUUCCAGUGCAGGUCCAGAAUGAACUGGAGGUAAAAAUUAAGGCCAUACUGAACCAAAGGGAUGAACUUUCUGUAGAAAACAACAAACUGCUGCUCAGGUAUAAACAGUUGACAUACCUGAAGGAAACCAUUAGCUGUUGGGAAAAAUCAGGAAGCCACCUUCCUGUACUCGAGCUUCUCUCCUCUGAACUGAAGCAUGUGUCAGAAAUUAAAGUAUCUGAAGACGAGCACGUCGGCUUCCAGGAUGGUAGUUCAGAACACGACGAUCCUGGUAAAAUCAAAGAAUCCAAACGUCUGGCGGAUUAUGUCGAGAGGUUUGUCAAGCUGUUUGAAUCCGGCGACUACGAGACAGCCGCCUUUCACGCCGCAAUGUCUCCUCACGGAGUGCUGAGAAACAUCGACGUCCUGGAGAAAUUCAAAGCUAUCUCGGUGUACAAGGAAGCGGUUCAUCCUGUGCUGUUCUUCUUCCGGUUGUUGAUGGUUUCGGCACCGGCUGGGAAACCGCUGCCGGAAAAGUUGUCGUUGGAGGGGGUCCGAUGUGCCCUGAAGCACGGCUACGUCGAGCUGCUGAUGUUUGCGGUGUCUCAACACAGGCUUACAUACACUGAGGAAUUAGGUGAUCUGAUCUGUAGCCAUAGACAUGAUGACCCACGUGUAGUGGACACUUGCUUGGCUUUGGCUCAGAUCGUUUACUCGGCUUGCGGCGUGCGCAGAAAAGCCGCACUGAGCAUGUGCAGACGAGGUUUGACUGGAGCAGCUUUAGAGUUUAUUUACUACAACAAAGAAUUCACAGUCGAAGACUGUGUGUUCAUGCUGAGGGAACUUCCCAGUGUGGAUCUGCUGCAGGAUUUCACACAGCCGGGUGACGGCACACCGCCACUGAUGUCCGUUGAGUUUAUCUGCUGUUAUCUUCUCAACUCUGAACUGGAGGAUCUGGUCUUCCAACUGCUGGAGCAGAUUCAGGCUGGAGGACAAGGUGCGUUAGAGGAAACCAUCCUGGAGGAUGAGAUGUGCAGUGUGGAGAGCUGGAGUGAAAUCGCCACCCGCUGCGAGCAAACCGACCGGCUUCUCCUGGCGCAUGACAUCAUGUCCACACUGAUGCUCCAGGACGGUGUGGUGCGCCUCUCUCCAGGCCUGGACGGUGCCGAGCUCAUAGAGCACGUCUUCAUGUAGCGAUCCGACCACCAGGAGGAGCCCGUGAGUCAAAAUGUUCCGAACACAGCCCCUGCUCGAUGAUCAUGGACUUCAGAGACACUCAUUAUUUCCUGUUCAGUGCAUCAGCACUUUUUAGAAUACA